CGGUUAUUUUGCCUGCUGCCUGUUCCGUAGGUGCGCCGCUCCGCCACUCCCCGCCGCCGCCGCUUGCUGUCGACCUCCGCCUGCUCCCCAGCACAGUAAUCCCCGCUCGCCCUCCUCUGCUCUGCUCGCCCCCGCACCGCCUGCCUGCACCGCUGCACGUCCCCCUCCCUCUGCUACAAGGACGACGAAGGCGCCGCGAACGCGACCUCGACAGCCCUUUCUGCUGCCCUGGCUCAGCCCCCGUGACCUUGACGGCCUCUUUUCCUAGGUAGUCUUGGUAAUUGUGAGAAGCUUAAUGAGGUAUGAGGCAUUAGUGAAGAAUGAUACACAUCCAAUUCUGCUCAGGCCAUGGGCAUGACAAUAGGUACAAGGGGGUGUUGAGGGCCACCAUGGAUGUGAUUGGCAGUCUGACUGCUACACAGAGCAAACAUGUUGUCUGAAUAGGUUAAGAUUGAGCAAAUCAGUUAUAACCUGUAUGGUGUUCAGAUUUGUUAUGGGGAUUCUUUUUUGUUAAUCGGCAUACCUUGGCUUAAAAUCCUAGCUCUGCCCCUAUGCGCAGGUGAUGAUACAUAUCAUUCUGUGAUUGAUGUGUGCAGAACUUGAUAUGCACUGAUGGAAGCUGCAAGGGGUGAAGGGGAUGAGCUGAUUGCGGAUUAUGUUGAUUGCCUCAUGUCCUUGGACACCAAUGCUCGGUCUGUCCAGAAUGACAAUCUGAUUCUCGGAGAUCCAGUCAUAGAAGCAGGAGUAGCUGCUUCGGUUGGUGGUAUUGCUGAGCAGGAUGCCAUGAAAGAUUUUGUACCUCCAGAGGAUCCUAAAGAGCCAUUGCUAGGCAUGACAUUUGAAUCUGAUGAAGCAGCAAAGACUUUCUACAAUGAGUAUGCCAGGCACCUUGGAUUUCCCUUCCGUGUUGGUAGGUCUCGCCGUUCGAAAGGUACAGAGGAGGUUGUCGUCAUGAGGAGGUUUGUUUGCUCAAGGGAAGGCAUGUACAGAAAGAAGAAUCCAUCAUCAGAUGAGGCUACAAAGAAGCGUGAGAGGAUGUCUAUGCGGGAAGGUUGCAAUGCUAUGAUGGAGGUGGUCAGAGAAUCAAACCAUUGGGUUGUUUCCAAGCUUGAAACAGCUCAUAAUCAUAACCUUGGCACCUGUAGCAGAGUUGGGUAUCUUCGUGACAGAGGUUUGCUUGAUGUCUCCAAUAAGAUCACUAUGAUGGGCUCAGACGAAGUGCCCUUUCUGAGGCAGAAUAUUCUUGGGGAAGGCGGAGACGCUCAAGGUCUUCUUGAUUAUUUGAAGAACAUGCAAGCCAAUGACCCUGCUUUCUUCCAUGCCAUACAGGUCGACAAGAAUAGCUGUCUAAUGAAUGUUUUCUGGGCCGAUGCUAGAGCUAAACUUGCUUAUCAGCAUUUUGGGGAUGCUGUUACAUUUGACACAACAUACAAGAAGAACAAGUAUAUGAUGCCCUUUGUUACCUUUUCAGGAGUCAAUCAUCAUCUUCAGCGUGUUAUAUUUGGAUGUGCAUUGCUUAUGGAAGAUACUGAAUGCUCAUUUGUUUGGCUAUUUGAAACAUGGCUGGCAGCAAUGAGUGGGAAGGCACCAUGUUCACUAGUUACCGACCAAAAUCGGGCCAUGAAAGCUGCAAUUGGAAGGGUUUUUCCGCAUACCUGUCACCGCUUCUGCAAGUGGCACAUUUUGAGUAGAACCAAACAGAAGUUAGCUCAUACAUACUCAGAACAUCCUACUUUAAUAGAUGAGUUAGAAAGCUGUGUUAUUGAGUCUGAAACAAUCAACACAUUUGAAACAGCGUGGAUGUCAAUCAUUGAUACUUAUGAUUUAAGAAAUAAUACAUGGCUUCAAGCAAUGUACAAUAUCCGCCAAAAAUGGGUUCCUUUGUACCUGAUGGAUACAUUCUGUGCCGAAAUAUCUAAAGCGCAGAAGUUAGAAACCAUGAAUGAUUUCUACAAGAAGUAUUUCAGUACGAAGGUGACACUGGAAGUUUUUCUAACCCAAUUUGAUUUGAGCAUAGAAAACCAUUAUGAGGAAGAAGCAAAAGCAGAUAUGGACACUUCUUUAAAUUUGGUGACAACAAAGACUGCAUCACCCAUGGAAAAACAGGCAGCACGUACCUACACCAAAGCAGUCUUUAGUAGAUUUCAGGAAGAAUUUACAGAGUCUUUGGCAUAUAUUAUUCAGAAAACUAAAGAUGGCUGCAUAAGUGAGUAUAACAUCAUGAAAGAUGAAAAUUCAUCAGAUACAUUCUGUGUGACCUACAAUGCUUCCAAUAAGAUGGCAAAAUGUAGUUGCAAAUACUUUGAGUUCUCAGGUAUUUUAUGCCGUCAUAUUCUAGGAGUAUUCAUAAUAGUUGAUCCACAUUUACUUCCACCUGAUUACCUUUUGAAGCGUUGGACAAGGAAGGCCAGAGACGGUGGUUUAUUAGAAUACAACUGUGAUAACCAUCAAGAUGAUGCUUGUCAGUCCAUUACAAGCCGUUACGAUGUUCUAUGUGCUGAUGUCAUCGGAUGUGCUGAGAAAGGAUCUGGAUCAGAGAGAGUGUACAAAGCAGCAAAAGAUAUCUUACAGAAGGCAUAUGAAGAGAUUAUUGUUUAUGAAAGAAAUCCAGCGAGGGUAUCACAAAGGGAUGCUAUAAACAUCAAUGAGGAUGUCAUGGUUGACGAUAGCAUGACUGAUCAGUCUUUGCCUGAUUCCAGACGGAAGGUGACUAAUCUGCUUGGCCAGUUUCUUGUCUCCUCUUGGUCUCCCUGAAUGUAUUUUCUGUUUACUGCUGGGGAUUGCAGUUAUCCACAAUGAUACACUGUUAAUUAGUUUGUGGAGAAUAGCAUCUGACCCUCUCAAGAUGAAGGGUGCUCCUGGGGAUGGUAAAUGAAAAUGAUUAUUAGCACAGAAUUGAUGCUGCAGCAAUAUGGUUUGAAUUUGAUUCAGAAGAGCCUCUCAGAUUGUCAACAUUCUUCUUUGAGGUCGGCACACCUAUUGCCUAGGAGACUCGUGUGAAGAUUAUGGCUGGUGGCACUGUUCAAACUAGGUAAGCAGUAAGAAUUAAACCAGUGCGGCCCGUGGCAAUACAAUGCUACUGGUGUCCAUUACAUUGUUCUUUUUUAUACUUUGGCUUGUAAUGACUUUGUGGCAAUACAAUAUAUUUGUAACAUGGAAACUGUAUGAGAGGUCAGUUGCUUGUGCAUGCGUA